GGCGUCUGACGCACCAGCGCAGAAGGAGCAGAGAACUUUAGCUGGUCAAGAUGGCGACCUCGGAGCCGGUAAGGGAGAUUGAGAAAGCACCGGAGACUGAAGAACCCCAAACGGACGCCUCCGCACCGGUGGUUGCAGGUUCUGAGCAGUACAUCAAGCACCCCUUGCAAAACAAGUGGGCUUUGUGGUAUUUCAAAAACGACAAGAGCAAAAGCUGGACAGAGAACUUGCGUCUCAUCGCCAAGUUUGACACCGUGGAGGACUUCUGGGCAUUAUAUAACCAUAUACAGCAACCCAGCAAACUUGGCUUUGGCUGUGAUUACUGCUUAUUCAAGGAUGGCAUUAAGCCUAUGUGGGAGGAUGACAGGAACAAGCUGGGGGGCCGGUGGUUGAUGACCCUAAGUAAACAGCAGAGACACAACGACCUGGACCGCUACUGGAUGGAGACGCUCCUGUGUUUGAUUGGAGAGUCAUUCGACGAGGCCAGUGAAGACGUGUGCGGAGCUGUGGUCAAUGUCAGACCGAAGGGCGAUAAAAUUGCCAUCUGGACUGGCAACUGCCAAAACAGGGAAGCCAUCGUUACGAUAGGGCAACAGUACAAAGAACGACUGAACGUCCCCAGCAAAGCCUUGAUUGGCUACCAGUCACAUGAUGAUACCUCCAGCAAGAGCGGUUCCACCACCAAGAACUUGUAUUCAGUUUGAAGAUGCCCCAUUUCAUCUCGCCGUAGAUUUAAACAAUUACCAAUCCGCAUCAGCACAUUAAUAACUUUUUGAGUUGUAAACUACUGUAGAGUCCUUCCUUUUUACAGAAAAAAAGAGUGAACUGUUAUGUAAAUGAUAUGUUGUGUAAAAAGAACAGCUCCACAACUUAAGGGGAACAAUCCCCAUGCCGCAUAGUCCUUAGGGUACUGAUCAGAGGAGGAAAGUGAAGAGGAGGAUGUGGUCAGUGGAUCUGUUCGAUUUGAACUAGUGAAAGUGAAUGAGUUUUUUUUAGAAGUGGACAGUGUUUCCCCUAGUGUAGCUGAUGAAAAGGCUGUUCAAGGCUUUGUUUGUUGGGAGUGAGGUGGGGAGGGGGGAAAACCCCUUAUGUCGUUUUGUCACUCAGCGUUCUCACUCCUUACUAAAAUAAUUUCUUGCCACCCAGGAUAAUGCGAUACAAGGCAUCCGUUUCACGAACUCCACAAGUUUUAAGGGCAGUUUUAACUAAUUAGUCGGAGGUGUUUGGCAUGACAAAGUAUUGCAGAUACGCCUGCAGAUAGACUACAGUGUCUUAAGUUUGUAAAAGAUUACCUGUGGUCUCACUCCUAAGGGUGGGAUUUGAGGGGGGGGGGGGGGG